AUGUCUUCCAACCUCUUGAACCAGGACUUUGGGUCCGAGGAUGAAGAUGACGAUUUCAACCCCGUCAUUCAGGAUGAUUCCGAUGCUGAACAGCCCAAGCCAGCGAACACCAGCCGACGUGGUAACGAUCGCGUAGAUGAUGAGGAUGAGGAUGAUGCCCAAAACGGCGACGACGACGAAGAAGAAGGCGCAGAUGAAGAAAAUGGCGACGAUGACGACGACGAAGAGGAGGAAGAAGAAGAGGAAGAGGCCGUUGGUCGCCCACGCAAGCGCAGACGAGGUGGUGUCCACUCUUUCUUCGAAGAGGAGGCCGGUGUCGAUGAGGAGGAAGAUGAAGCUGAAGAGGACGAGGACGAACUUGCCGAGUUUGGCACUGAAAUGCACCCCGAUGAUCUCGAUGCUUUGCCUGCUGGCGCCGAAACAGAUGACCGCCGUCACCGACAGCUGGAUCGCCAGCGUGAACUCGAUGCCACAAUGGACGCGGAGAAGCAGGCGCAGAUGCUCAAGGAACGUUAUGGUCGUAACCGUGCCGCAGCAACCGAUGCUCUUGUCGUUCCUAAGCGACUGCUUCUUCCCAGUGUGGAAGACCCUAGCAUCUGGGGUGGCCGUUGCAAGCCUGGAAAGGAGCGAGAGGUUGUGUACUCCAUUCAAAAGCGAAUUGAAGAGCGUCCAGCUGGCUCGCGCAACCCAAUUCGUAUUAUUUCGGCUUUCGAGCGUGGAAACAUUAUGCAGGGCUGGUUCUACUGUGAGGCACGCAGACAAGCCGAUGUCACCGAAGGUCUUGAGGGUAUCAACUUCUACUAUCCGUCCCAGAAGAUGACCCUGGUUCCCGUGAAGGAAAUGCCUGAUCUUCUUCGCGUCCAGAAGUCCGAGGACCUCAACCCUGGUGGCUGGGUCCGAAUUAAGCGUGGAAAGUACCAUGAUGAUCUGGCUCAGAUUGAGGAAGUUGAAACCAAUGGCCUGACUGUAACCGUACGACUUGUUCCUCGUCUGGAUUACGGUAUGAAUGAUGAUUCCGCUGCCAUCGUUGAUCCCAAGCGCAAGCGAUCAGCUGCGAAUACUGCCCGACCGCCCCAACGUUUGUUCAGCGAGGCAGAAGCGAAGAAGAGACACGGCAAAUUCCUGUCCUCGAACGCAGGUCUAGGCAGCAAGUCAUGGAAUUACCUCAACGAUACCUACAUCGAGGGUUUCCUUGUCAAAGACAUGCGAGUGCAGCACUUGGUCACCAAGAAUGUGAAUCCUCGACUGGAGGAAGUCACCAUGUUCGCUCGUGGAGGAGAAGACGGCACUGCCAACCUCGAUCUUGCAUCCCUGGCUGAAACUCUGAAGAAUUCUUCUGCUGUUGACUCAUACCAACCUGGCGACCCCGUGGAAGUGUACCGAGGUGAACAGCAAGGCUUGAUCGGUAAAACAGUAUCAACUCGCAACGACAUCGUGUCAUUACAAGUCACCGAGGGAGAUCUGGCUGGGCAGAUUAUUGAUGCUCCUGUUCGAACUCUCCGCAAACGCUUCCGUGAGGGUGACCACGUCAAGGUUAUUGGAGGCAGCCGUUUCCAGAACGAAUUGGGUAUGGUGGUUCAAGUCAAGGAAGACACUGUCACCUUGCUCAGUGACAUGAGUAUGCAAGAGAUCACUAUCUUCAGCAAAGAUCUCCGUCUUUCCGCUGAGAUGGCAGCUGAUGGACAGCUUGGUAUUUAUGAUGUGCAUGACCUUGUACAGCUUGAUGCCGCUACUGUCGCCUGCGUUAUUAAGGUAGACCGUGAGUCUCUUCGUGUGAUGGAUCAGAAUGGCUCUGUUCGAAACGUUCUUCCUACCCAGAUCGCCAACAAGAUUACUCCCCGUAAGGAUGCUGUAGCUACAGACCGCAAUGGCGCAGAGAUCCGACACGGCGAUACCGUUCGUGAAGUUUAUGGAGAACAGCGAAAUGGUGUUAUCCGCCAUAUUUACCGCUCUUUCCUCUUCCUGCACAACAAGGCUCAAGCUGAGAAUGCAGGCAUGUCUGUUGUGCGAACUACAAAUGUUGUCACUGUCUCCGCCCGAGGUGGACGUCCCACCGGUCCAGAUCUGACCAAGAUGAACCCUGCCAUGGCAAUGCAAGCAGGUGGCGGUCGCGGUGGUGGUGCGAUGGCACCUCCUCAGCGUGGUCGUGACCGACUUAUUGGCAAGACCGUGGCUGUCCGACGUGGCCGUUACAAGGGUUUGGUUGGUAUUGUUCGAGAUGCCGAUGAAAAAACCGCUCAAGUUGAGCUUUACACAUCAAACAAGCCUGUCCUUAUUCAACGAGAUAUCCUUACACCAAAAGACCCGAUUACAAAACAAUCAUUGGAGGGGGGUCGUGGAAGAGGAGGCUCGCGUGUUCCGUUCGGGCAUCAGCCUCAAUCAAGAGAUGGUUGGCAUGGUGGUCGCACUCCUGUGGCUGCUGCCGACUCCUCAAGAACUCCAGCUUGGGGCGGUGCAUCCUCUGCCCGCACUCCAGCUUGGUCUGGAGGCAUGAGUGGUUCGCGUACCCCUGCCUGGAAGAACGAUGGAAGCCGCACUGCCUACGGAGAUGGAAGUCGCACUGCUUAUGGCGGUCUGGGCAACAGAACCCCUGCCUGGAACUCCGGUUCUCGCACUCCCUACGACUCUAGUUCCGGUUAUGACGCCUUUGCCUCUGGAUCUCGUACUCCUGCCUGGGGUGGUGCCAGUGCCAACACAGGUAACCGCACACCUGCCUGGGGCGGCCUUCCCAAUGGCCGAGACCAGCGCGACUACGAAGAUGCCCCUACCCCCGGUGGUUAUUCUGCCCCGACUCCCGGCGCAUAUGGUGCUCCUACUCCCGGUGCUUCGGCACCAACCCCCGGCGCAUGGGCUGACAACGCUCCCACACCUGGCGGAGCUUUCAGCGCACCGACUCCUGGUGCUGGUCCUAAGCGUGGCUACGAUGCGCCAACCCCUGCCGCAUAUGAUGCACCUACUCCGGCACUGGGCGGCACUGCGGCUACCCCUGGCGCAAGCUACGAUGACGAUGCCGGUCCACGUUACGAUGAGGGCACCCCCAGCCCUUAA